GGACGACUGGAGAAACAGUUCCAGCGAGAGAGUGGGAGAGAAGUGAGCGGGAGGAGAAAGAGCGUGAGAGUGAGACACUCACCCACGAUAGUACUUCUCUUGAGGGCUAUUACCUGGAGCGCUUUCUUGUUACAAGGGAUAAAUGCUUUUACCGUGUGCUGUUGAAAAGGGUUCUUCUUAUGAGGCCCAGAUUUCUAUCCAAAAGAAGUAACAAAUAACAAUGGGUGGCGGUGGCCGAAUGUCUGUUCCCACCCCCAGGAAGGAAAAGCAUGAUGCCCUUAACCGAGUGCCACACUCAAAGCCUCCAUUUAUGCUAAGUGAGAUUAAGAAAGCUAUACCACCUCACUGUUUCCAACGCUCUGUGCUUCGCUCCUUUUCCUAUGCUGUCUACGACCUUGCCCUUGCAUUUGCAUUUUAUUACAUUGCUACUUCUUACUUCCACCUCUUACCUCAUCCACUUUCCUACUUUGCCUGGCCUAUCUACUGGGCUCUACAAGGCUGUGUCCUUACUGGUGUGUGGGUCAUAGCCCAUGAAUGUGGCCACCAUGCAUUCAGUGACUACCAAUGGCUUGAUGAUAUAGUUGGACUUAUCCUCCACUCUUCCCUUCUUGUUCCUUACUUCUCUUGGAAGUACAGUCAUCGCCGCCACCACUCAAACACUGGAUCACUUGAACGUGAUGAGGUCUUCGUCCCAAAGCCCAAAUCAAAUAUUCCAUGGUAUUCAAAGUACCUGAACAACCCACUUGGUCGUGUCCUCUCACUUGCAAUUACUCUCACCCUUGGAUGGCCAUUAUACUUGGCAUUCAAUGUGUCUGGCCGUCACUAUGACCGUUUUGCCUGCCAUUAUGAUCCUUAUGGUCCAAUUUACUCUGACCGUGAACGAAUUCAGAUAUACAUUUCUGAUGCAGGUGUCCUUGCAGUCACUUACGGACUCUUCUGCCUUGUGGCCAUGAAAGGGUUGUCUUGGGUCAUCUGCAUAUAUGGUGUUCCAUUGUUGAUCGUGAAUGGGUUCCUUGUCACUAUCACCUACUUGCAGCACACUCACCCCUCUCUACCACACUAUGACUCAUCUGAGUGGGACUGGCUAAGGGGAGCAUUAGCAACUGUGGAUAGGGAUUAUGGGGUGCUGAACAAGGUAUUUCACAACAUUACAGACACACAUGUUGCACACCAUUUAUUCUCGACAAUGCCACAUUAUCAUGCAAUGGAGGCAACUAAAGCAAUUAAGCCAAUACUUGGUAAGUACUACCAGUUCGACGGAACACCAUUUUACAAGGCAAUGUGGAGGGAGGCAAGGGAGUGCCUUUAUGUUGAGCCUGAUGAGAAUUUGCAGGAAAGAGGUGUCUUCUGGUACAGGAACAAGUUUUGACACAAGAUGAAGAUCAGGAACACAGUGAGGAUAAUGGUGACAAAAACUGUUAGGAAUCUUUCAUUUGGUGAGAUAGGAUAGGAAUAGAUUGGCUUCCAUUCCCCGUGGUCUGUGGACUGUGGUACUUAAUCCAUGUAGAAUAAAUGGUUUUGUUUUUGUGUUGCUACUUCGUAGGAACUUUGUGUCGCCAACAGUAAGCAGAAAUAAGUGAGUGGGCGUUUAGACGCUGGAAGUGGAAUGAAAUCAUUUCAUUCUGACUAAUUAUCCUUCACAUUUUGAAGCUCGAGUUUAUUAUCUAAAACAGUGUUCAAGAAAUAAUAAAAAUUCUAACAAAUGCACCGAUCA